AUGGCUGCUUCACCAGGUAUCCCGCUGGAUACCGCUGUCAUCAUGUCAUCAGUGCUAGAAGGCAUUUUAUACGGCUUUUCAGUCCUUAUGUUUCUAGGUACUAUCUGGAUAAUCAUCUACAAACGUCACACACACGACGUCAAUUGGCCAGCUGUUGCAGUUGCCACCCUACUGUUCUUACUGAGUACCGUGCACGUGGUCGCAGGCAUCAUUCGUAUUGAAGGUGGACUAGUGAAGCAUCGUGACACGUUUCCAGGUGGCCCAGCGGCGUUUUUUGCAGACAUUUCCGAAGAAACGUUUGUAGUCAAGGAUGCGAUACUUGUACUUACAAACCUUGCUUGGCGACGGUGUGGUGCGUUCGGUGUUGUUACGCUCUAUGACUUAUCGCAAGCGUCAAGUAACAAUGUCUUCACCAACAAGACUGGACAUUUAGUUGCGACGUUCAUGACCUUGACACUUGCAACAAAUUUGUUUAGUUCAGGACUGUUAGCCUAUCGCAUCUGGAAGAGCGAACGCAAGGUCUCCGGAAUCCGCGCUACAAAGAGGAAGAUGCCUUUAUUGCGCGUGUUCCUAGAUGCUGCUAUUUUGUACUCUGCAGCGCUCUGCUCCUCGAUCAUAUGUUUCAUCCUCUCGAACAACGGACUGUAUGUUAUGCCAGACUUGAACGUCCCGAUCAUCUCGAUUGCCUUCUACAUGGUGUUCAUUCGCAUGACGAGUAGUCGACACAAUCGAGAUUACAUCUCAACUGUUCUUGGAGGGGGAAGUGAAUUAGAACACAGAAACUCGCAGCAACAUCCUAUGCAGUCUUUGCACGACAUAUACAGGCAAAAUGAUACUACAUCCUUCUUGGCUGAUCACUCAAAAGCGCAUACAUUAGCAUAA